CUAUCAUUACAAUAGGUAAAGACAGCGUGGGCAAAGAUUAAUUGAUUGACUGAUUGAAUAUUGUUUAACGUCCCUCUCGAGAAUCUUCCACUCGUAUGGAGACGUCACCAUUGCCGGUGAAGGGCUGCAAACUUUAGACCUAUGCUCGGCGUUUAUGGCUUUUGAGCAGGGAGGGAUAUUUAUCGUGUCACACCUACUGUGACACGGGACCUCGGUUUUUGCGGAAUCAUCCAAAGGACCGCCCCAUUUAGUCGCCUUCUACGACAAGCAAGGGGUACUGAAGACCUAUUCUAACCCGGAUCCCCACGGGACUAAUUGGAAAUGUAAAUAUUAAGAGCAGUACUGUAAUGAGCCCUCUAAUUGUGACCCCCUAUAACUUUUGGGGGUGGGGGUGGGGGGAUGGGGGGUGGAGUAUCCUGCUGUGAACAAACAUCAAUCUACAUUGCGUGAGGAUGCUUAGUUACAUGUACAUAUGAAAUUGAUAAGUUGUACUUUGAUGGGUACUGGGUAUGGAGAUGAAGCUUUUUAAAACCGUUUCCUAUUCCUUUGUGAACUUUCAACCUCACUGUCGUGGCGCUGUCCUUGGAGCAGGUCUCAUGGUGUGACGAGACUUAAAUCUACACUUGAUGAGGAUGCUUUCGUAAUUAUUUAAUAAACUAAACCCAUUUGGUUCUUAUAAAUUUUUUAGAAUUUUCUUGCAUGCAAUUAUCUCAGUGAUAAACUUUAAACCCAUAAAAUGGCCCCAUCCAGAAUUACAAGCCUUCUCUUAUGACCCCCUUGAACCUGAGGUCAAAGUGUGAACAUAUUUAAAUCUACUCUACAUGAGGAUGAUUGCACAUUGAUUUAACAAGCUGAACCAUUGUGGGACUCAAGGGGAUUUCCAAAAGAAGUCUCAUUUAUAAUCCUACUCACCUGAUCACCCAAGCUCCAGAAGUCAUGGUGUGGAUAAUCAGGAACCUAUUUUACAUGUACAUAAGAAAGUUUAAAUAUAAAAUUGACAUAUUACACCCUUGUGAUUCUCGUGAAAAAUUGAACAAACCUGAAUAAAAUUGUAAAUGGAAGCUUUUAUACAAGUUUUAUCUAGUUCUGUGAUUCUUUGGGUGGUUCAGUGGUUCUUAAUUAAGCUGAUUUUUAAGCUCCCCACCCUAUUUACAUCUUUAGGUCACCUGAAUCACUCAGUUGACCUAGUGCUAUUGGUCUUCGUCCGUCAACUAUUGAACAUUUUUACCAUUAUUGUAAAUUUCAUGAUCCCCGGGGUAUCAUGAUUCAGAAUGGGGCCAAACUUGAAUUAUAGUGUUCAUGUGUAAAACGUUUAGAUAACAAUUUCUUUAGCAUUAUCGACACUGAAUAUUUAGUAGGAACAAUUUGCCAUGUACCAAAAUUAUAAAUUUUAUGAUCCUAGGUAGGGUUUUGAUAUUCGAAUGGGACCAAAAUGGUCAAAGGGAUUAACUAUCUUUAUCAUAUGAAAGAUUUCUUUGAUUUUGCUGAUACAAUAUAUCAAAACUAAUUGCAUAUUUAGGAAAAGCAGAAAGGGAUGUAGAAAAAUUGUAAAUAUCGCAACCCCAGGAUUUGGACUCUAGGGCGGUUCCAAAAUAGGCAUAUAGUGUUAAUACAACAUGAUUAUAUAAUGUAAUGUCUACCAGUAUGGACACCUGGGGCAUUUGUGAUUUAAGAAUACAUCUUGUUUUAUAUUAAAAUUUAAUUUAAAUAUGCAGAACAGGAAAGUUAUUAUUGAUGUCGUAGCCCUUUGAGCUAGUUAUACAUUUUAAUACUCGGGCCUUUGGGCCUCUUGCACUUACUUGACCUUUCAAUUGAAAAAAAAAAAACUUGAAUCAGACGGACGGACGAAAGGGUAGACAGACAGACAGACUAUGAGCGAACUUCAAUCAGAACUUUCAGCUCAGGUGAGCUAAUAAAAGUUUGUCAGCAUUGUUUUGCAAUAAGAACUUUUCAGCUUGUAACCUCUCCCCGGUGGUUGUUUGUGUGAAUCUAGACGAAUGGGUAAGUCUAUUGGCUUUCCUCCUUUUUUUUUUUAAAUUGAAAAAGUACGAUGAUUAUCGAAUAAUGUAUUUCUCAGUUUUUGGUCAAUUGAAGUUCAACUGAAAUACAAUUAUAUGGAAUUGGAUUGAUUGUAACAAAAUGAUUUACGGUUUGUUAUAACUAUACGAAAAAGUUCUUGGAGACGGCUAAUAGUUAUUGCAUUUAUUGAUUUUUCCUCAAGUUAUUGCCCCCCCCCCCCCUCCUCGACGAAAAAUAUUUUUAAAGAAUAUUAAGAGUCAUCAAAUUUUAUGCGGUGACCGUGAACUUCUAAUUUCUUUGCCGAUUUACAUGUAAUGAAUAAUGUAUACAACGUUUCACAUCGAAAUUGUUCUCAAUUUUAAAUUUAUUUCUGAAAUAUUUUGUAAAUUUUUUAGACUGCAUUAUAAAAUGGACUAAGAAGACACGUAACACUAAGAUUUAUUUUUUUUUUAUCAAGUAAACUCAUGCAUUGAUUGUCCUCCAAGUAAUACAAUAUCAUGCAACUAAAUCAUGCUGGUUUUAGAGAGAGAAAAAAGCGUUAAAAAGGACUUAGAUUCUGUACAGUAGAGGAUGAAAGCAGAGUAAAAGUAUCCAAUAGGAUUUGAAGCCACUCUAACAACCUAAGAUUAUUUGAUAUUGCCCAUCUAUGGCUGGUAAUUCCUCUUGACUACCAAGGCGUUUUGAGUUAGAAUCUUCCAAAUUACACGGUCGCUGUAGCGGUCUUUCUCACCAUAGAUCAUAUGUAUAAAUUAUUUAGAAUGUUAUACUGAUAAGCUGUAAAGCUUAAAUUAAUAAAUUAAUAAAGAACUUGAACUUGAAAUGUGUAUUUAAAAAAGGUCACUGUGUUGGGUCAUGGACUGCGUGUGCUUUUAACAGAUGUUGCCAUGUUUGAUUUACAUCAUAGGGCUUGUUUCGAUGUGUAUUUAUGAGAACCAUUUUAGAACUGAUUUAACCAGUUUUAAUCUGGCGACAAAUUAUCGUCUGCUUUAUCUUGGAUAGUUUACCCUUUUAAAUGUAUUUUACACGCACUCUUAAAAAGAAUGUCGUAUUAAAUUUACCGUCACUCGCAAAUGCGCACGUGUCUGUUUUAUCACCUCGAUAAACUUCUACCUGUGAAGUUGAAGAAUUGCAUUUUGGAACAACUUGUGUAGAGGAGGAACUAUGUUUUCCUCGCAGGAAACGUUAAGGUUUUCCAACAUGACCAUUGACUCGGAGGACGUUUAUAAGAAACCCGGAUGGGGCCGAUGGCAGUAUAUUGUGGUGCUGGUGUGCUCUUUGCUUUUUCUCGGGGUCGGGGUCGGGAUUGGUUAUGGAAUUGGAAGGAACCAUUCCGAACAAACGGUUCCUCAGGCUAGUGGUAACGCCGCGGAAACGGCUACAGAUCCGCCCAGGUCUUUAAAGCCAGUGGAUGCUAUCCUAACAAACAUCAACAAAGACAAUAUCAAACAAAGUCUAAGAAAAUACACAAGUCGUCCCCGCAUGUCAGGAACACCAGGAGGAUAUGACCUGGUCAAAAUCUUGCACGACACCUGGAAAUCCUACGGCAUAGAUGACGUCAAAGUCACACCGUAUGACGUUUUGAUGUCCUACCCUAACAAGACAAAUCCUAAUCGGGUACAACUUAUGACGUCAUCAGGCGACCUAGUUUUCCAGUCUGCCUUAUUUGAGCCGGCUUUGGACGAUUUCAGUAACAAUUCGGAGAUAAUUUCACCAUUCAAUGCCUUUGCUGGGGCUGGUAUUAGUGAGGGGGAAUUAGUGUACGUGAAUUACGGAAGAAUAGAAGAUUUUCUUUAUCUCACACAAAAUAAAUCCAUGGACCUGACCAACAAAACGCUGAUUGCACGUUACGGGAAGAUCUUCAGAGGUGACAAGGUGAAGAAUGCGCAUCGCUUCAAUUCCUCAGGGAUUAUCAUGUAUACAGAUCCGUCCGAUUUCAACAGGGGAAACAGUACAUACCCAGAUUCUUGGUGGAUGCCCCCCUCGGGGCUGCAGAGGGGGACGGUGGGGCCAGACGGGGACCAGCUCACACCGCUGUAUCCCGCCACCGAUUACGCAUAUAGGAAGAAACAGUCGGACAUAGAAAGCUUGAAGAUACCAGCCCAGCCUAUAGGUUAUGGAGAUGCUGAACACAUAUUAAGAGAAAUGGGCGGGGAGGAGGCACCGCUUGACUGGAGAGGUGGUCUGCCCAUAACAUACAGACUGGGACCCGGAUUCAGGAAUUCUACACUAAAAAUCCGCCUGGAGGUUAACAAUUUUGAGGAAAAAAGAAUCGUAGAAAACGUCAUUGGUUACAUCAAAGGCAAAAGUGAACCAGACAGAUAUAUUUUACUGGGUAACCAUCAUGAUGCAUGGGUGUUUGGCGCCAUAGAUCCUCUGUCAGGGACAGCCGUACUGACGGAGUUAAUACGAGUAUUUGGAGAGAUGUUAAAAUCAGGAGUACGUCCGGACCGCUCUAUAGUGUUUUGUGCCUGGGGGGCAGAGGAACAUGGUCUGAUAGGAUCCACGGAGUGGGUGGAGGAACAUAUGAAGGUCCUUUAUGAGCGCGCCGUGGCCUAUCUGAAUGUGGACUAUGCAGUGGAUUACAGUUACGUCUUGUUCGCCGGAACCAGUCCGCUUCUACAGGAUUCGUUAUACCAGGCCACUAAACAAGUUCCCAAUCCAGACACUAACAGCCCGGAUAAGACGUUAUAUGAUGCCUGGAAAAGCAGAGACAACUCGAACGAAGCAGAACCUAGUGUGUAUUAUUCCUUGGGAUCAGGAAGUGACAUGGCCACAUUUUAUCAAAGAGCAGGUGUACCCAGUAUAGACAUGUGGUUCACGUACGACGAGAGUAAAUGGGAUAUUCUGUCGUACCCUGUGUAUCACUCCGCGUACGAAACGAUGUAUCUGUACGAACGCUUCAUCGAUCCCGACUUUUCGUACACGGCAACAAUGGCCAAGCUAUGGGGAGUAUUGGCAUGGAACAUUGCCAAUGAGCCCGUUUUAAAAUAUGACGUCAGGAGAUACGCAAAGGCCAUCAAUACAUUCAUUGAAUCUCUGAAGAAAGAAUUUGGUGAAAAGUGGUCUCAACAAAACGUCAAUAUAGUCGCUCUCGAAUCUGCAGCACAGAAUUUAACAUCUGAAGCAGACACUUUCCAUAAAAACCUAGAGCAUAAAAAUUCUCACGGAACAAGUACUCUGGAGAAAAGAAUGAUAAACGAUAAGUUGAUACAGUUUGAGCGGGCGUUCAUCGAUUGUGAGGGGCUACCGGGACGUCCUAUGUAUAAACACGUGAUGUUUGCACCAAGUAUGUACGAUUCCUACUCGGACAAUAGUUUUCCAGGCAUCGUGGACACCAUGAAUGAGAUAGAGAAGGAGAAUGCUAUCGAAAAAUGGGACAUUUUAAAACAACAGGUGUCUGUCGCGACAUUUACCAUACAAUCCGCUGCUAACACAUUGACUGACAUUGGACUAUGAUAAUUAUCGCUUAUACAUCUUCCUAGAAUUUUAUUUAACUUUUACAUUUGUAGAUAGACACCAUUCUGUUCAUGAUAUUUAUUUCUAACAACUGUUUGAAAGGAGAUGGAUGAAUGAGAUUCAUUUAUAUGGUUACAUUUCCAUGUGUGAGGCUGAUGAACGUAUUUUAUCAUCUUUUAAGUAAUACACUGAUUGAUUAUUUUGUGGUACAUGUAUUUUAUUUCCAGAAAUAAGUAUAGAAGAAUUUACACGAAGAGUAGUACAAUAAAAAUAUCACGAAGCCGAUUGAGUAUACCCGACUAGUUUCUGUGUUGAAUUGAAGAAAAAACUAGUCAGUAUAUGGCUAUAUGAUUUUUGUUUUGUUAUACUACUACUUGUGUAGAUUUUUCUAUACCUAUCUCUGGAUUAUUGACGAAUGAGCGGUUAGUAAAAUAAGCUUAGUGUCAUUCAUGUAUACAAGUGUCUGUAGAGUAUACCCAGUCUGAAGGUUGUUUGUAUAAUUAUAUGGCCAGUUAAUUUUUUUGAAUUUUAAUGAAAUGUUUGUGGGAAAAAGAAUUUUUACUGUGGCCAGUUGCGUCUGCAUUCCCCAUUUAUGAUAUAUAGUUUUGAUAUAUUUUCAAAAAGGAACGUAUCAGCGAAUGAAAAAUAUAUAUACUUGUAUUCAUUAUUUCAUAAUUCAUUCAUUUAUUCAAGAAAACCUCCUUUUAUUUAUUUAUUUUUUGGCAAUUCUUAUAUUUAAGAAUUGUAAUUAUAUUUACCAGUGUUUAAUUAGUAUCAGCUUAUGGUUUUUUCCAGUAUAUUUUGUUUCUUUCUAACAAGCAAUGACUUUUCAACUCAUUGACACCUGUAUAUUUCUGAAUACAGAAGGAAUAAAUGUCGAGGUUGUUAAUAUCAUAAAUAUUAUAAGUAUAAAUAUUAUAGGGGAUGAAUAAACAACAGAAGCCUGGGUUAAAAUCUGAAAUCCGUUCUUCCCAAUCAAUGAAAUCAUCUCCUGCUUUCCUUUUUUUGAAUAGCUUCGUAAUAAAAACAAGUUAAACAUUAAAAUAUAACUCAUUAAUGUUGACAACCAAAAUUUGGACCUUCUUAACGCAAGGAUAAGAGCAGUAUUGUAGCCUUUACUCUGUGUUAAGUAAACAAGACUCGAGCAUUGUUUCUUUUUACAAACAAACUAGUGAAAUGUUUAUUUUGUAAUUUAAAGCAUCCUAAGUUGAGUUUGCACAGACACAAAUUUAAGUUUUAAAUGGCACGUUUCACCUAAAUAAUAUACUUUAUGUUCUGAGGUUUUAUCAUAAUGUAAAAACUUUUUUGUAUGAAACCUUUUAAACACGUUAGACAGAAGAUUUUGAUCAUUAAAAGUGAAAAACAAAAUUUUGGGGAAAAUUGUGAAUCAGUCCUUCUAAUAAAUCAAUAAUAUGGAAGUUUUUACAUAGGGACCUCUUUUAAUUCCUGUGUAAAAACUUGAGUGGCUUAAUGAAUACAUUUUAUAUAACCUGUGUUUUAAAAUCAUUUUGCAUAUGUGAUGGGUAUGAUUAGAUUGGUUUAAAAUUUGGUUUAGAAGUUGAAAAAUGAUGAAAUAUUUUAAUUCCGGUGUAACAAUAAAAUGAAAAUCUCGACCAUUGUGGUUCCAA